AUGUUCGAGACUUGUGUCUUAGAAAUGCUUCCUUUACGUGACACGACAUUACCGCGAACGACAUUACCGCGAACGACGUUACCGCGAACGGCAUUACCGCGAGCGACGUUACCGCGAACGACAUUACCGCGAGCGACGUUACCGCGAACGACAUUACCACGAACGACAUUACCGCGAACGACGUUACCGCGAACGACGUUACCGCGAACGACGUUACCGCGAACGACGUUACCGCGAACGACGUUACCGCGAACGGCAUUACCGCGAGCGACGUUACCGCGAACGGCAUUACCGCGAGCGACGUUACCGCGAACGGCAUUACCGCGAGAGACAUUACCGCGAAUACAGAAAACGACAUUACCGCGAAUACAAAAAACGACAUUACAGUGA